GUAGUCGGAUAGUGUGCGACCAUCCUCAAGCUGCUUGCCAGCAAAAAUGAGACGCUGCUGGUCAGGUGGAAUACCCUCCUUGUCUUGGAUCUUGGCCUUGACGUUAUCGAUGGUAUCAGAGGACUCGACCUCAAGAGUGAUGGUCUUGCCGGUGAGUGUCUUCACAAAAAUCUGCAUUCUGUGGCUCAAUAUCAGCCCCGUCUGCACUGGAGAUUAGAAUGAUCAAAAACUCACGCGAAGGAUAUGAACUAUAGACUGUAUGGGAGUGUAGAGGAGUGGUUUGUAAGGAGAGCGACUGUGA